UCAAUUUUUUAUGGACUUGGAAUAGUUCCAUAUGGGUCCGAUAUAUAAUUGUGUGUUGGAAUAAUACGACACUUCAACUGUUGAAUUUUUUUUGUAGUGAGCCUGAAUAAUUCAUAUUUUUUGUUUUCGUCUUCCUGAAACUGAAGGAACAAAUAAAAUUACUGAUCACAACAGCAGAGGCUGUACAUAGUGUCAGUGUGAUGCGAUUGGACAUUUGAUGUAUCAAUAGUUAUCUCUCGGCAAAAUAUAACUAGCAUAGUUGCUCCUGGUUUUUUCUCUGUUAGAUCUUUGACUUUUGGUACAUGCAGACAUGAUUAUUUGAAGUAAUAUCGAAAUUGCAAUGUUUAGUUCCGCAGACUGAAAAAAAAAAUCAUCGAUUUAGUUAGUCGUAAUUCAACUAGCGGCCAGGAUGAUCCAUAUGGCUUUAUCUUAUCUUGGAAUUCUCAGUGCAGCUGUCGUGCUUUCUCAAACAAUCGACGAUCCAUGCCAGAAGUGGGACUUAACGGAUAUCACAGUUAAAUACCAAAAUAUAUUUGAAAGAAAUAUGAGUAAGGUAACAAACCCAGAGAAAGGAAAGUACAAGCACAAAUACAUUGGUAAAGAAGCAAUAACUCACACUGAUGUUACUUUUAAUAUAAGUGUGGGUCGGUGCUCUGGGUUUCCUUCUGGAAUUAUAGUCCAAUGGAACUUUGGAGAUGGUUCUGAUGUAAUAGAGGAAACUCCCCAAGGGUUUCAAAAAACACAUCGAUAUUAUAAACGUGGAAAAUACGAUUUCAUUUUCCACUUUUCUAAUUCAACUGCUACUGAAACAAAAACUGGACACAUCUAUAUAGGAAUAGCUAACAGCUAUACGGUCAGUGAUUUAAAAGUCAUAGUUAAUGGAGGAACAUACUUUACAGUUACUCCACACAGUGGUUUGGAAACUGAAAUAAAACACUACUGCUUUUUUCUGGAUGAUACCAUUUCAAAAAUCAAUCAAACAACAGCUUCGCAGGUUUAUCGCAAGCUUACCUACCCAAAACUUUAUUUGCCAAAGGUGCACAUUCAUUUGAGGUCUGAUCUCGAAGAAGUAUUGUACUCGUCUACCCCUCUGGCAGUCGACUAUAACCUUGCAGGUGGGGGAUUGACGCUAUCAUCAUCUCAAAACCCUGUUUAUCUCCCCCCGGGCGACAACGUACUUUCAAUGACUGUAAGUUCCCUUUACACUUUAGGAGAAGCAACGUGUGAUUUUCAGACAGGUGACAAAGUUAACAGAACAGUGUUCACAUUUGACCAUAAUUUCGGUGGCUCAUAUUCACUAUCUGUUCAGUAUAGACAUUUUUCACUCGGAACAAUGAAAUCAACCGCUUAUUGUUAUAACAGAAUAUCAGAAUUUAGGACCUACACAGAAUUUGAAGUUGUCAAUCCGUGUUUCCGAAUAGAUGAACGUUUUGAUAGAAAGUACUCAAUGCCUGAAACUGCGAUGGACGUUUCUUAUACUGAAGAUGUACUAAUAUACGCAAGGUCAGCGCUGAUUUGUAAAGAAAUGGCAUCAUUUGAGUGGAGAGUAGAGAAAGUUGAACUUGUAACCGAGGGCCAGUAUUUCAAGUAUACUUCCAAGAAUAUUACAAAUAGAGCAGACUCAACUACAAAUGCGUUACUUAUUCCAAAGUACACUUUUGAGGACUCUGGUUUGUACAAAAUAACUUGUACAGUAAGAAUUUCAAGCACCUGGAUGGAUGAAUACACAUUUGUCAAGAUUUUUCGCGCGCCUCCAAGAGCAUUCAUAAUGGGUGGCGAACAAGUAAACGCAAAAGAGAAGAAAGAUACUAAAAUUGAACUUAACGCUGUUGACGUAUCCUACCAGGAGAAAAUGGGAGAUGGAGGCAACCUGGAAUACAGCUGGACAUGUAACAGUUCUGAUAAAGAAAAUAAAGGAUGUCCAAGUAAUGAACAAGACGGCAAGUGGGAACUAAAGAUGGACAAAAAAAGAGCUUACGACAUAGUUGUGACUGUAAAAAACAAAGAAAAGUCCUCAUCCUUCCGCCAGCAUAUAAAUCGCGUGAGGAAAGAAGUUCCUCUCAUUGAAAUAAGGUGCUUAUUCAACUGCGGACAAAAACAUGUGGCGUCAAAGAGAAUCAUUUUUAAAGUCGUUUGCACAGACUGCAAAUCUAGAAGAAAAAACUACCAGUGGACCCUUCUUAGAUAUGACUCAUCCCGUUUCGUGCCCCAGGACAUUGAAAACCUGAUUUUAAGCCAUAAUACACAGAAACAGAUAAUAAUAUUUAGGGAAAAGUCUUUGGACCCAAGUUCGAGAUACAAAUUGAAAGUCGAACAAAAGGAGAUUUGGUCUCGUUGCCGCCGUUUCAUUUGGUCGACGGGAUGCAAGGCAAAAAACGGAACUGCUAGCCAGGUUUCAGUUGAAUUGGAGACGGUCAGUCCUCCUGCUAAUGGCGAGUGUCUUCUUGAACCACAGUCAGGAUAUGCAUUGACAACUUCUUUUAAUAUCAGCUGUGAUGGAUGGACAAGCGGUUAUACAAGCGAUGGAUCCUUUAAAUACCCUUUAUUUUAUAACUACAAUGCCUCAAUUUUCCAAAGAAUUGGAGAUGAAACGUAUGGUUUCUCCACAGUACUAUACAGCGGAUAUGAAAGCUCAGUUAAAAAUUUAAAAUUGCCUGCGGGGUAUGAAUUGAGUUCAAGAGAAGUGGACAUCUCUGUUCAGGUCAUUGACUACCUAGGUGAAAUGCAAGAAUGGACGAAAACUGUAACGGUUUAUCCACUGAAUGAAACUUUGACAUCAGAUGAAGAAUAUAAACAACGCGUUUUGUUUGAAAAUUUUGAUAGUUUGACCGAAGAGGAAAAACGAAAUGGGAAUUAUCUCUCACAACUUAAUCUUAUUGUGUCUCUUUCCUCCAUGUUUACUAAUGAAUCAACGACGGACAACUCAUCCUAUGGAAUACAGACCAUUUUAUCCAAAACAACAUCUUGCAAUUCAGCUGAUCCAUUCAUUGAAAAAAGAUUGAUAUCAGAAUAUUCAAAGAAAGUAGAAGAAAUUGUGAACAAUAUGUACAGGAUAGUUGAGAUUACAUAUGACAAUGACGGAAAUACAACACUCAAACUUCCGGUGAUAAACCAGAUAUCCUGGACGAUACAUUCUGUGACAAGAUAUCAUCAAUAUCUUACAACGACCAGUAUAGAACAAAUAUUUAAAAUAUUUAAGAUGUUUGCACAGCGAUUUGACGAAAAUUAUAAAUUUAAACCAUUUUUGAUGAAAUACAAAGAUACAAUGGAUAGCAUUGCAAAAGGAAUGUUAACUGUUUUGCGAUCUAUAAUAGUUAAAAUAACAUCGGAAGUUGCGCGGGUAAAUGAUAGUAUGUGGAAAGAUGCUGAAGAAAAAAACUGUAAGAAAUAUCUAGAAAAUUUUCUAAACUCAACACAGGAGGAUUUUCAAAGCAAGCAUUUAGCAUAUCACAAAGAAAUAGAAAACAUAGUUAUGUCGCUACAAAAAACCAUAAUCUCUGUCCUUGUCAAAGGAGAAAGCAUGGCACUUGACCUCUUUGGUACCAAAUUUAACUUGACUCGUACUGAGCUUGCAGAUAAAUCUGAGGGGAUUGAUAUUCCUGUGUUGGACGAAGAAGAUGAAAUAAGAUGUGAGGAAUACGAAUAUGACGGUAGUUACAAUCCAUAUGCAGCCAUAGAAAACGGUAACAACGUUAAUACCUUAGUGAAAACGUCACAUUGUUCGACCGGUCAUUCUCUUCCAAUUGUGAUAAAAUUAACACCAUCAGAAAAAGUCCAGCGAAUAGAAGCUCAAAUUGAUUCAAAUGACCCAGAACAAAUGAUAUAUCUUACGCUGAAUGCCAACAAGAAAGCUAUUAUUAUGUAUUUCCGUCCAGUGGAUAUCGAUAUUCAAUCAAGAAAAAGAAAUUCCAUAUAUACUGUGUAUGUUCGACAUAAUGUAAGACCAACGACUAGAGUUCAUGACUUUUCCAAGAAAUUAACGCUGAAUGAUUGGUCAGGGAAACUGGGGUUCAAAGUAUUUGUCCAUAAAGGUGUCUGUGGCAAUAACACAUGUUUUUUAGGAUUUAAACCAUUAAAUGUGAAGAUAGCAAAAUCCCCCAAUUCAACUAUGUCUCGAUCAAAGAGGCAAACGUCAGCAGAGUCGUCUUCGAAAAAUAGUUCGAAGGUAGACCUUCUAGACGUUGAUUUAGAUGCCCUGGUAACAACUGUAGGAUGUUCUGCAAAAAAAGAUAAUGGAUCGUGGGAGGAUGAUUCAUGUCAGCCUCUUCCGAUGUCUUCCAUUUAUGAAGUACGAUGUAGAUGUGUGGAUAUACCAUCUAGUCAACGCGGUGUCGUGUAUGGAUCUUCGUUUGCUGUAAAUCCAAUCAAUUUCCAUAAAGCUUUUUUAGCUUUCGACAUAAGUAACGCUGCAGUUUAUGGAACUAUUGUCGCAAUUCUACUUUUGUAUGUCUUUUUAAUCGUAAUAUUACGACGAAAGGAUAUUGAGGACAUUGAUAAGUGGACAAUCCGAUUUCUCUGUGACAACGGUAGAGAUGAUGAAUACUUUUACCUGGUGACUGUAAUCACUGGGCUGCGCGCUGGUGCAGGGACGACAUCCGUUGUUAAUUUUGUUUUGUAUGGUGAAUUUGGAGAUAGUGGAAUUCGUGUACUUAGUAAUGAUUUGAAGAUGGAAUUCAGCACUGGAAGUGUCAAUCGAUUUGUCAUGUCAACUUCUAAACACUUGGGAAGAUUGUUAAACUUAUGGAUUUGGCACGACUUCUCAGGAAAUGGACCGUAUCAAAACUGGUAUUUGUCGACUGUAAGCUUUGAUGAUAUGACAACAAGGGAAAGGUACUUUUUUCAUUUUGAUACCUGGUUUGCUCUGGACAAGUUUAAUGGAUUGACCGAGUGUUUGGCGAACGCGCUUGGUAAAAAUGAUUCAAAAGUGCACUUUUCCGAUCAACUUUUUUACAACUUGACGGAAAAUAAUCUAUGGGUGUCUACAUUUCUACGUCCUGAUGAAAGUUCUUUUACACGCGUUCAGCGAUUGUCAUGUGUUGUUACCUUCUUUUUCUUGGCAAUGCUAGGUAAUGCAAUGUUUUAUCAAGCGCCAGGAUUUGGUGAAGAAGUGCUUAAAAUAGGAAUUAUAUCAUUUUCUUUAACCACAAUAAUAUCAUCGUUGAAAUCAGUGGCAGUCACAACGCUACCAGUUCUAUUCGUGACACUUGUCUUCAAACACACGAAAGAAAAGGAGACAAAAUCUAAUGUAAAAGGCAUAUCAAGACUCAUUAAACAAAAACCAAAAACGCUUCCUUUCUGGAUGCGUUACGUUGCUUGGGCAACUAUAGUUCUGACGAUUUCUUCUAGCGCGGUUAUUCUUAUCCUGUACAGUAUGCUGUGGGGCAGAGCAAAAUCAAAUGAAUGGUUGUCAUCUUUUAUGUUCUCCUUUUUCGAAUCUGCGACGUGUGUUGAUCCUUUAAAGGUAUUGUUCGUGGCUGCAUUGUUUUCUUUCGUUGUUAAAGACCCCAACAACCUUCGACACAUUGAGCUCGAUGUAGAUCGUUUAAAAAAAUAUAGCGUUUACCAUAUAGACAGAAACAGUAGCUGCUACCUUGAGUUCGUUGGUGCCGUAUUUCAUCAGCAAAAACCUUCAAACAAUCUAAAAACGCCCCAAAUCCGCAAAAGACAACGACAGACUGCUUAUGCCAGAAAAAGCUUCCGUGACCUUGUUGUCUCCCUUGUAAUGGCUUCAAGUGUUGUUGCAAUUGGCUAUGCAGAGUUUGAUGUGCAGUCAUUUUACCUUCAAGACAACGUUAGAAACUACCUUGUCAGUAACGGUUACGGCCAAUUCGGAUUUUCGGCUGUCAAUGAUACGGUAGGUUUUUAUCAAUGGAUGAACCAAACUUUUAUACCGGCGAAUUAUCCCGAAAAGACUUACAGUGGUGCUGAGCUAGAUAUAUUACAGAAACAAAUGUUCGGCGACUUAGCAAGCAUAAGAGUAGGUCCUGCGAGAAUCAGACAGGUUCGAAUGCCGGAACGCCGAUGUGAUGUCGGUUUGUUUCGUACUGGGCAUACAUGUUGUGGGAGUUACGAAGCGUUGGAAGAGGAUAAAGAACAUUAUUGUCCGAAUUGGAAGCGGGGUUCCUGUUUAAGCACCGGAUUUAUUCCUAAUGCUUGGUCAUACGUUGAUUCAAGCACAAUAUGGGGCCUUCCUAUUUCCGCAGUAUAUAACACAUACAGUGGUGGUGGUUAUUUUUUUCUACUUGACGAAGAACGUAGCCAAGCACUACGCCAGAUCAAGGAUGCCGAAGAGAGCAAUUGGAUAGAUAGAUAUACCAGGGCAGUUAUUACAGAAUUGACUUUAUAUAACCCGAAUUCGGAUAUGUUUCUUAACGCCGUUCUAGUCCUUGAGGUUUUAGAGCAUGGAUUUGCAAUACCAGAUUCUCAUCUUCGACCUUUCACCAAAUCCUUAGAAUUUGAUCAGUGUUCUGUUUCGUUGCAAGCUUCGUUUGCAAUAUUUUUUAUAUACAUAAUUGUGCUAUUUGUGGAUAUUGUACAUCAACUCAUUACUAAUUGUAAAAACGUCGUAAGAACUGUUUGGCUUUGGGUGGAUAUCAUUUUUGGGUUGGCAUCUGUUUCUUCUAUUAUUCUAUUCAUAGUUCGCAAAGGUAUAUCCGACAAGGCAGUGAAAAUGUUUUAUGACCAAACGUACACUGGGGAAAAUCAGUUUAUCAAUUUCUAUCAGAUUAUUGUUCUAAACAUCGUCAUACAAGUGUUACUUGGAUUUAUUUCCUUUAUGGCAAUUUUGAGAGUUCUACGAGCGUUUGAAUACAGCAAAAAAUUGUCUGCCUUCUGGGUCGUUAUAGCAAACUCCGCUCGUCCUCUUUUGGGAUUUUUUGUCAUAUUUGUGAUAACAUUAUGUGCAUUUGCAUCUCUUGUGUAUCUUCUUUUUGGGAAACAUGUGUUUUCCUUUAGAAACAUGCAAAAUGUGUUUGGAAGUUUGGCAAACACUCUCAUAGGAAAGAAUGAUGUUAAAAUUCUUACGAGUAUUUCACCUUUGUUUGCAUUAGUUUUUUAUUUCACAUACGGCUGUUCUGUCAGUUUCCUUUUGUUAAAUGUAUUUGCUGCAAUUCUGAACGAAACUAUUGACCGAGUAAAAAGAGAUGCGAAACAAAGUGAUAUUUUUGGCAUUGGUGAUUAUAUCUUGUCAGUUGCAAAAGAUAUUGUAUCAAUUAUUCAUCCUGUGAAAAGAAAAAUCGCCAAUCUGACGAGGAAUCAAACAGCGGAGGAUCCAGAGAAAGAUCAUCCUCGGAAUGGGGAAGCUGAGCAAGGAGUGGAUGUGCACUCUGUUAUCCGGGUUCUUCGAUGGGUAUUCCGAACCAAUGAAAAGGAAAAGGUGAGAAAAUCAAGCUAUGCUGAAAGUUACAUUAUUUCCGACGACGAGGACUCGGUGCAGGAGAAUCCUAAAACUGACAAGGAAAUAGAUGAACUAUGUCUAAGCAAUCAUAAAAGUUAUAAAUUCCUUUAACACUCAGUAAUACAAUUUAUUUCACAGUUUAUGGGUUUUAAGAAUAAUAAUAUUUUUAUGUAUAUAUAAGUAUUUUUGUAUAGUUUAGUGACAGUAAUGUUUAUGAGAUGAAAUUGAAGAGAACAAACAGAAAGAGGCUACAAAUAGUGUUAUUUGUGUAAACGUUUAUUGACAUUAUUUUUCAGUCAUUUCGUUUUAAUCUGUAAGUGUUUACUUUUACACACAUCUGAGUUCUUAAACAAAACAUCAUUUAAAUACUUCUACAUGUAGAUAUUUUCUUCAAUUCUGAUGCCAUGUUUUUAAUAUCUCUUUUUAACGGGGUUUUCGAAAGGCAAAAACCUAUUAUUGAAAUUGUGAAAAUGGCAUACGGGCAGAUGGGCUGGCGGCUGCACCCCUAUUGUAUUGAUAAUUCCUCUUACAGUUUUUAAGAUAGGAUUUUUGUAAAUCAGUUGUACAGAUACAAAAUGUAUGAGAGAUGUGCAUAUUAUUUGAAUUUUGAUUUUUGAUAAUUUAUGCAAAAAUAUCAGCUAUUGAACUUAACCAUGUUUUCAUAAUAUUGCACAUAGUGUACCCCUAUUGUAGGAAUACUUCCUCUUACAUUUUUCAAGAUAGAGGAUUUCUGUUUUGCAGAUCACUUGUACUUAAAACAGAAAUGUGCAUAUUGCUUGGAUUUUGAUUUUGAUAGUUUGCAAAAAUACAAGCCGUUGAACUUUUUUAAAAGUAAUACUAGUAUUGCAUAUAGGGUACCCCUAUUGUAUGAAUAAUUCCUCCUACAGUUUUUAAGAUAAGAUGUUUUUGUUUUGCGGAUCAAUUGUAUCCAGAUCAAAGAUGUGCAUGUGACUUGGAUUCUGAUUUUUUAUAAUUUAUGCCAACAAUUUCAGCUAUUGAAUAUUGCAUAUAGAGUACCCCAUUUCUCAUGAUAUGUAGUGUUUAUAACAUUAGGGUUGAAAAUGGAUAAUAGAUACUGUUCAUGAAAAAGGUUUUCUGUCACAUGGACAGCUUUUCUCUUGUUAUUCUUUGAUUUUAACUGAAAACAAAGCAUUUUUACAGCAUUAUUGUAAAUAAUAGCAUUUAUGUAAAUUGUGAUAUGUUAUUUUUAUGCUAGUACCAAUAAUAGUAGUCUAGUCAUAAUAUUAUCCUUAAUCAUUUUUUUGGGAACUGACCGGUUAAUUUAUUGACUUUUAAAUUACGAUUCCAUCCUGUUAAUUUGGCUUUAUUUAAGAUGUGGCUUCGGUGGACAACAUAUAUUUCAAUGCUUGACUUGUGGUCUCUGUCUGUUCACUUUCUUGCGUACCUACAUGUAUAUUGAUGUUUUUUAUGAAUGAUAAUGUAUUAGCGAUGUUUAUAUCUGCCCUUUUCAUUGUUUACAUUUUGCACACAUGUAUAAACAUGCACUUUAUUGAUUAAUAGUAUUUUAUAUUGUUUAAAACGAUUCUUCACAGGAAUGGAAUAAAUAAAGAUUUAAUAAAUGAAUGAA